GCCAUCUCUGUCAUCUUCGUCCCAAUCCAGCUUAUAUAAGCUCACCCACCAGCAAAAGAUUGGAUAUUUAACCUUGUAUAUAUAUGGGUACGCGUUAUUAUUGAGACCCAGAUUGCUCAAUCUCUCCGGUGUCGUUUUGUCAUGCUCUCUUGAUUGUUCUUCAGUCUGUUGCAGUGAAGUGAGGGACUUUGUUGAUUUGGGUAGACAAAGAUGCCGGGAAUUGUUGAAGGGGCGGUGAAUGAACUGAAUGGGAAUUCUCAAACUCAAAAGGAAAACUCGGCGAUGAAUAGAUCCCCAAAAAUUACUCUUAGUGCGCAUAGCCCUCGGAGUAUGGGAACUGAUGUUCCGGUUGAGGGGGUGGUUGACACCUCAAUUGAGCAGCUUUAUGAGAAUGUGUGCGACAUGCAGAGUUCUGAUCAGUCACCUUCAAGGCGUAGUUUUCGAUCGGAUGGGGAGGAGUCUAGGAUUGAUUCCGAGUUACGCCAUCUUGUUGGAGGAGAGAUGAGGGAGGUGGAGAUCAUGGAAGAGGAAGUGCGUUCAAAGCCAGUGGAUGAUUCUCAUAGUGAUUCAAGUUCCAAGAAGGAAGAUUCACCCAUUGGUAGAAAGUCAGGAAAGAUUGAUAAGCCUCAGUCUCCAAGUACAAAAUCUACUUCUCCACCCAACUCAAAGAAAAGUGCUCGCUUGCAGGUGGACUCGGCGACCUCAUCUAAAUCAGCUGCCAAGGGAAAAAGUCCUGACAAACCUCCCCUCCGUAAGCAUAGUGAUAAGAAUCUACCAAAACCUGUGGGUGCCACUCCUGUUAAGAAAUACAGGAAAUCACCUGCUGGAGGGUCGAAGGUGCAGACUGGAACUGAGGAUUUGGCUGAAUCAGGAUUAAAUCCGGAUCUCGGUCCAUUUUUGUUAAAGCAAGCAAGGGAUUUGAUUUCUUCAGGGGAUAAUCCCCAGAAAGCUCUUGAGUUAGCUCUUAGAGCUACAAAAUCGUUUGAACUAUGUGCAAAUGGGAAACCCUGCUUAGAGCUAGUAAUGUGUUUGCAUGUUACGUCGGCAAUUUAUUGUAGCUUAGGCCAGUACAGUGAGGCAAUUCCGGUUCUUGAGCGCUCGAUUGAGAUUUCACCCGCUGAGGAAGGCCAAGAUCACGCCCUUGCUAAAUUUGCUGGUCACAUGCAGUUGGGUGAUACUUAUGCUAUGCUGGGCCAACUUGAAAAUUCACUUGCGCAUUACACAACAGGAUUGGAAAUUCAGAAACAAGUUUUGGGAGAAACGGAUCCAAGAGUUGGUGAAACUUGUAGAUAUCUGGCAGAAGCUCAUGUUCAAGCAUUACAAUUUGAGGAGGCUCAAAGGCUUUGCCAGAUGGCUCUUGACACUCAUAAAGAGAAUGGCUCCCCAGCUUCUUUGGAAGAGGCAGCGGAUAGGAGACUCAUGGGUCUUAUAUGUGAAACAAAGGGAGAUCAUGAAGCUGCUCUUGAGCAUCUUGUUUUAGCCAGCAUGGCUAUGGUGGCAAAUGGCCAGGAAGUGGAGGUAGCUUCUGUUGACAGCAGCAUUGGAGACACAUACUUGUCCUUGUCUCGGUAUGAUGAGGCUGUUUUUGCUUACCAGAAAGCACUCAAUGUGUUCAAGACCACUAAAGGAGAGAAUCAUCCAUCUGUUGGUUCAGUUUUCAUCCGUCUAGCAGAUUUGUAUAACAGGACAGGGAAAAUUAGGGAAUCAGUAUCAUACUGUGAGAAUGCUCUUCGAAUUUAUGAAAAGCCCAUGCCUGGAGUCCCAGCUGAGGAAAUGGCGAGUGGUCUCACAGAUAUUGCAGCUAUCUAUGAAUCAAUGAAUGAGCUCGAGCAGGCAGUCAAGUUGUUACAGAAGGCGUUAAAAAUAUACAAUGAUGCCCCUGGUCAGCAAAGCACAGUAGCAGGGAUAGAAGCCCAAAUGGGGGUCAUGUACUACAUGUUGGGGAACUAUUCUGAAUCUUACGAGUCCUUCAAAAAUGCCAUCACAAAGCUACGGGCUACUGGAGAAAAGAAAUCUGCCUUCUUUGGGAUUGUUCUGAACCAAAUGGGGCUUGCUUGUGUACAACGUUAUGAUAUAAAUGAAGCUCAAGAGUUCUUUGAAGAAGCCAGAACUGUUUUGGAGCAAGAGUGUGGGCCUUAUCACCCUGAUACACUGGGUGUAUAUAGCAAUCUUGCAGGCACUUAUGAUGCAGCUGGCAGGUUGGAUGAUGCAAUUGAACUCUUGGAAUAUGUUGUUGGGAUGAGGGAAGAAAAGCUAGGGACAGCUAAUCCUGAUGUGGAUGAUGAGAAAAGAAGGUUGACUGAGUUAUUGAAAGAAACAGGCAGAGUUCGGAACAGAAAAGCCAGAUCACUAGAGAACCUCCUUGAUGCAAACUCUCAUGGUGUAAACAAAGAUGGAAUUAAGGUAUGAUAUGAAAGGUUAUAAGUUCAGGAACGAAAUGAAUGUAUUAUAGGACACAUAUAAGAGGAAGCUGAUAGAGUAACCAAAAAAAGAACAGGUUGUUGGGUGUGUUGAUAAGAAUGUUGCUGUGGAGAAGGUGAAUGUAGUCCCAGGGUAGGGUUUUUGGUGUAUUUGUUAUUUAUAUUGCUGGAGGAUAUUACAUUUUGUGACAACACUAUUUAUGUAAUUGCGGCAUGAGUCUUUAGUCACAAAUUCAUCUUGUAUUCAAGAUUUACAGAUUUGUUCAUGAUCUC